AAUGUGUUAUAUGUCAAGAUGUGUUCAAGAGAAAUUUUCAGUCGAUAAUUUGAUACCCGUAGAUGAAGUAUAAUGUCAAAAUUCCCUUUUCAUUAACAUCAUCUUCAUGGACUGUCCCUCAGACCAUUCGGUUGUGAAGAAGAAGCCGGAAGAAACUACCUUAGAAAAAUGGUUGCGUCGCUUUAAGCGACAUUCGCUUACCAAGCAGUUCUUGUUCGGCACCUCAGCCGGUUUCCUAACAGGCCUAAUAGGCUUAAACAGCAGCAAAAACGCAUUGAUAGUCAUGAUCGGCUCAUCUAUUUUCAUUUAUUGGGCCAACGAAAACGGAUGCAUCAAGAUCGAAAAUCCUCAGGUGAACAGAAGACUGGUGGAGAUGUCGGAGAAGUUUCAGCGCAGCUUCCCGUUAUGGAUUGAGAGCACGAAGAGAUUGUUCAUGACCAACACGAACGUCACCAUCGGAUUUUGUGGCGGUUUUGUGUUGUCAUUGAUUCUGACCUAAAGCAAGAAUACACAUAAUAUUCCAUUA